ACAAAACCCCUUCACAUCUGCCAGGGAAGGCAGGACAUCCCCGUCCCACAUCUGGGCUGGAUCCGUGUUACUGGGAGGCUGCGAUUAGAGGGAUACUUGUCAUGGCAUGAAGUGAUUCUCUUUUCCUUCAUCUCUGUCUCAGCAAGUGCAAUGCGUCUCUGCCGUGUGACUUUUCUGCUUACGCUCCUGUUGAUAUUCUCACAUGGAGUACAAGGACAAGAUGACGAGGAAGAAGAAGAGGAGGAGGAGGAGAUGGAGGAGGAUGAGCUCUCGGCUUUGGUGACUUCUGCCCCCUUAGAGUGUCCCAAGGACUGUACCUGUACCCAAGAAGGAGUGGUGAACUGUGCAGGCGUGGAUCUGAAGGAGUUUCCUGCCAACCUUCCUGAAAAUACUAACCACAUAUCUUUGCAGAACAACAGGAUAGAGGAAAUUCCUGCAGAAGAUCUGAUCAGACUUUACCAACUGGAAACCCUGAACUUACAGAACAAUCGUCUUACCUCAAGAGGACUCCCAGAUGAUCUCUUCAAGCAGUUAGAGAAUCUUGGUUAUCUAUACUUGGCAAAUAAUAAGCUCACCCUGGCGCCCAGGUUCCUUCCAAACUCGCUCAUAAGCGCAGACUUUGCCGCAAAUUUUAUAACUAAAAUCUAUGUGAUGACAUUUGGACAUAAACCAAACCUACGGUCUGUGUAUCUGCAUAACAAUAAGCUGUCGGAUGCCGGCCUACCAGACAACAUGUUCAACCGCUCCGACAAUGUAGAGAUCCUUAUACUGUCCAGCAACUUCUUGAGACAAGUUCCCAAGAACCUGCCUCCUGCUCUGUAUAAACUGCACCUGAAGAACAACAGGUUGGAGAAGAUUCCAUCAGGAGCGUUCAGCCACCUCAUGGGACUGCGGGAGCUUUACCUGCAAAACAACUUCCUUUCCAAUGAAGGCAUGGAUAACGAGACGUUUGUGAACCUAAACAGAUUGGAGUACCUUGACCUUUCAAGCAAUAACUUGACACACAUUCCCAGCGGACUACCCCGUAACAUUGUCAUACUUCACCUGGAAAAAAAUUCAAUCAGGAGUAUCUCUAAUAACGUCUUGAUUCAGAUUAGAAAUCUGGAGUAUCUUUUGCUUCAUAACAACAAGCUGAGGGCCCGAGGAAUUCAUGCGUCAGCCUUCCUUGGUUUAAAGAAGCUGCACACUCUUCAUAUCUACAACAAUUUGUUAGAGAAGGUACCUGCAGGACUUCCACGCAGGGUGAAGACGCUCAUGCUCCUUCACAAUCAGAUCACUGGUAUUUCCAAGGAUGAUUUUGCCACUACUUACCUCCUUGAGGACCUGAACCUGAGAUACAACAAAAUUCUGAGCAGCGCGGUGCAUAAGGACGCUUUCCGCAAACUGAGGCUCCUCAAGACCUUGGAGCUCUCUGGUAACUUUUUGAGAUCUCUACCACAUGGACUCCCCAAGAAUUUGGAAAUUCUGAGACUAAAUGAUAAUGAAAUUAGCUCAAUACCACAAGACACACUGGCCGGGAUGUCGAAACUUAAAGAACUUUAUCUGAAAAACAAUAAACUCAAGAUCAGCUCCAUCUACACCGGGGCUUGGGUAGAGCUCAGUAGCCUCCAGCUACUUGACUUGUCAGGAAACCUGCUGUCUUAUGUCCCCCCGGAUCUUCCAGAGAGUCUUGAAUAUCUGUAUCUUCAAAGUAACAAGAUCAGUACGGUCCCUGACAGUGCCUUCCAGUCCACGCCUAACUUAAAGGGUAUUUUCCUCAGGUUCAAUACGUUAACUCCUGAGUCAGUGAUGGAGUCCGCCUUCCAGGGACUGGAGAAGCUGCAAGUGUUAGACAUUGAGAACAAUCUAGCUUUCAAAGUCACCAAGAAGAAGAAAGAAGAAGAAACAGACAAUGAUGACUAAGACCAAAAAGUAACUGUGGCUUUGCCUUCUACUCCUCUCAACUAGCUUUGCUGAAUGUUGUGGAUUCCUCCAGAAGUGAAAGAACAAAGAAGACCCUGAUUCAAUCAACACGAGAGUAAUGUCUGCCAUGGACCGUGCAAAAGCUGGCUUUUGUUAUAUUUUUUAUAUUUCAUUUUGGAUUUAUCUGUAAAUCAGUGGAUGGCUGAAGCUUCUAAUCUCCUGGACUAGCAGAAUGUCAUAAUGUCCUGUUAUUGAAGUGUUCACACAGCUGACGUAAAUUAUUUUUAUAGCUAUCAUUAUUCUUAUGAUAUUGUAUGAUAAAAAUACCAUGUAUUGCUACCCAGUGUUUAAAAGGGCUGUGCAGUCCUAUGUAAAUAAAGCAUACUUUCUUUAUAAUGAAGAGUUCUGCAACUUUCUAAUAUAUUUGUUUUUCAAUUCCUCACCAUCACAGCUGAGAGUCUGUUACAAUGUAUGCGCGGUAGGUAGUUCUUUGUGAACUAAACAGUUGCAACUGGCUUUUACAAUAUGCCUAAACUGAUACAUUGUAUAUGGCUGUGUUCACAUCUGCGUCAGAGAUUCCAUCAUAUUUGAUGGGAAGAGUAGCGCAGCGUGCAGUGCUAUACUUUUCAGUAUAAGGGCACCUGAUGGACCCUAUUAUACAGUAAGUCAAUAGUGGCCAUCAUGCAACCAUUGGUGGCCAUCAUGCAAUGGACCGGAUAUCUGUCUUUUUUGGGUUUUCUUCUCCACUAACGCAACAGAAAACCAGAAUGCCAACGUAGACAUGAACUCAGGCUUAGACAUGCUUCUCUAAAAGCAUUGCCGGGACUGGAUACAUGAUAACUCACUCUCAAACAAUAAUGUUUCCAUUCCAUGACAGGAAGCAGAUAUUUUAAAGGGCCUCUGUCAGGAGAUUUGUCCCUAUGAAACUGGCUGACCUGCUACAUGUGCACUUGGCAGCUGAAGGCGUCUGUGUUGGUCCCAUGUUCAUAUGUGCCCGCAUUGCUGAGAAAAAUAA